AUGAGCGAGAACGCCCUAGGAUUCGUGUCAUCGUCGGUGCCUGGUCGAGGAUCGGACCAACCUUCUGGGAUUGUGUCACUCGAUCCACUGCAUUCGUCGCAGCGUCCGUCGCCGUAUCCUAUGCAUUCGUCGAGUGGGAAAGGCGAAGGUGGCAGCAGUAGUGACCUGACGUUCCAGAGCAAUCCACCGCCAGCCGCGUACGCGCCCGCAUCAGAUGAGAAAAAAGGCAUGAAUGACGCGAAUUCACACAGCUCAUCCAUGGACCCGAAUCUGACAGGUGCCCGUCGCUCUGAAGGUACUCAGCCUGGAUACCCCACUAUGCGACAAGAGCAGCCCCCCUAUCGAUUGGAUCUUCUGCCAACUGAUCCGAACCUAGAGUCGAAUGCGCCUGCAUUGCAUGGCGAUGCGACUGAGCAGGACAAUGUUGCUCGUGCAUUUCCUUUUCUCUCCAACACAAUGGCUGGUCAAGAUAAUGAUGGCCGCGCAACUAUAUUUCCACCGAACUUUUCGAGCGUGGGCUCGACGGCCACCCAAGACGCAGCUGGCGCUGGUGCAUUGGGUUACAAGAAAGCCACUGAUGCAUCGGAAGGUGCAGAUGCUAGCUCUGCUUUUCAUUCGAAGUCAGGGCGUGAAACAUCGUACGACACGCUUUCACCCCCGGAGAAGAAAGAGACUCCUUACAGUCGCAGUCCGAGUCUGCGUGUAACGCACAAAAUCGCAGAACGAAAGCGGCGGAAAGAAAUGAAGGACCUGUUUGACGAGCUGAAAGAAUUUGUGCCCGUGGACCGCGGUCCCAAGACAUCGAAGGGCGAUAUCCUCACAAAGGCCGUGCUGCAAUUCCAGACUCUACAUCGCGAGCGCGAGCAGCUGAUUGAAGCGCUGGAAGCUGCGCACCAUGAACUGAACCAGUUGCGUCAGAUGACAGGCAAUGCUGACCAUGCAAGUACGGGUCUCUCUCAUCAUGUGUACCCGCACGCAUCAGCUGCGGCCGCACCUUACUUAUCACGGCCUCCCGCGCUUGCCCCUCCUUCACGCCUUCCUGGCAGUUUCUUGCAUGGUGCACAGGAUCAGCACCUAUCGCGUGCGCGUGGCGAGAACAAAGGCGACGCACCAUCGCAUGCCGCGGGUGUUAGCAUGGCACCGAGUCCAGCCCGAACUGGCGAAGCAUUCUUGUCAGACUUGCGACUUGAUCGCCUUCGGCAGCCAGAAGAAGCCGUUCAUGCGAAUUUCAAGCAACUGGACCAUAGUCCAGGCGUCUUGGAUCAGUCGCUUGGCGCAACGACGCGUUCUUUCCAGCCUGAAUCGUAUCAGACAGGUCUCGUGUCGUCGGAUCUUGCCGAACACCAAGACAAUUCGAUGAAUACCGAUGCGUCUACCGCGCAUGCAGGCCGGCCUGUAGCGCGCGACCAGCCAUUCUCUACUGCUCCUCGAUAUGUGCCUCGAACCGACGGCGACCUCAUACCAGAUAGCACGCCUGGUGAUGCAACGCAUAUGUAG